UCUUGAUCAUUUAAUAAAAUAAUUGAAUCAAACAUCAACGGGCCUCCUGAUAUGCAUUGAACUCCGUAGGUCACUCAUCACUGUCGAUAUGAGUGAGAAACAGUUAAACUCACCAUCUUUCUUAAAAAUUUCCAAUUCUCCUCUAUUUUCAAAGUUUUUGCACUACUGUUGUGACGAAAUAAUUGAAGGAAAAUCAGUGGAUUGGAGAAAUAACAAUGAUGAUAUUGAAUGGACUAUUGAAGACAUUAACAAAUCAAAAGCAAUAGUCAAAGAUUUUUUCCAUAAAUCUAUCAUUCAUGAUAAGUUUGAGAGACCAGAAUUAAUAUCUGAAGCAGUUUUUAAUGUGAUGCAGAAUUGUUAUGAAACCCGAAGGGAAAGUAUUCAACAUAAUUUUAUAAAAGCACGUUUUAUUGAAGCAGAACAUAAUCUGCUGGAAAAUGUAGAUUGGAAAAUAAAAUGGGUAUUAGGAAAUUCAAUGUUGCCCAGCUAUAAGGAACCUAUUUUACAACUGAAUUUAGGUUGUAGUAGAAUGAGUUCAAUGGGCUCGAAACCUAAACAAAAAAUUAUUGAUUUUGAAAUGAAUAUUGAGCAGGUUGAUCAUUUGAUUACAGUAUUAGAAAGUGCUUUAGGGGAAUUGAAUAAUGAUGAUUAAUCAAUACAUUAUCAAUACUACAGAAGGAAUGAGCUAUCAAAGAUUAACUCCUUGGUAGUUAUACCUACUUUUGGUGGUGCCAAAUUCUGAGAUUUUUCGAUUUGAAACUGUAACAACCAUCUUU